UAUGGUAUAAAUACCCACAUUACAGCACUGAACAGCAGCAGUGUUCCAGGCAGCCUCUAAGCCAAGGAAUACAGGAACGCAGAAGCGGGUCUUCCAGAACCUCUUUGUUUUUGGUGCUCAGGCAUGUUGAUUUAGCCUCAGAAGAUGGAGCUACGAGUCACAAGUGUCCUUCUUCUCCUCCUGGGCUUGACCGUGGUACAUGGAGAACGUUACUACGUCAAGAAAGCCGCAGCCCCAGUCAAGGGACCUCAGUAUCAGCCGUACCCCGUGAAGGGCCAAACCAUGGCGGGAGAGCCAGGUAUCCCAGGGGAACCCGGUUCCCCAGGAGCACCUGGACCUGCUGGGCCCCCAGGCCCCCCUGGAUUUGGGGUGCCAGGACCUGAGGGCCCACCUGGACCCCCGGGACCAGCUGGAUACUCUGCACCUGGGAAGCCAGGCACACCUGGUGGACCUGGAAAGCCUGGUGAUAGAGGUGCACCUGGACAAAGGGGAGACAACGGAGCUUCAGGACCGCAGGGUCCUCGGGGCAUGCCUGGACCUCCUGGUAUUCCUGGGCCUGCUGGUUUUUCAGCACCCGGCAAACCCGGAGCAUCGGGCCCGGUUGGGCCUAUGGGACCAAGAGGCGAGUCAGGCCCUAAGGGACAUACUGGUGCUACUGGUGCUCCAGGACUGAAAGGAGAGAGAGGCUAUGGCAUUCCAGGAGCACCAGGUGAGAGAGGUGUGACAGGACCAGGCGGUCCUCCUGGGCCAGCUGGCCUCCCUGGUAUUGGAAAGCCAGGCAAAACAGGGUAUCCUGGUGAGCCAGGAAAGUCAGGGGCACCAGGCAGGGAUGGGAGCCCUGGACCCAUGGGAUUACAAGGCCCAAAAGGUCACACUGGGGCUCCUGGAAUAGGAAUGCCAGGAAAAUCUGGUGAUAAUGGUGCUCCUGGUAUGCCUGGUCCUAUGGGACCAAAAGGCCCCCAGGGUGCAACUGGAGCACCAGGAGAACCUGGUAUUCCAGGCUAUGGAAAAUCAGGAGUUCCUGGACAGAAAGGAGAAAGAGGAGUUUUUGGUAGUCCUGGUACAACAGGUCAGAAGGGCGAACCAGGGUCCAUGGGACACACUGGGCAUACGGGUGCUACCGGUCCUAUGGGCCCAGCUGGAUCUCAAGGUGCAAGAGGCUUUCAGGGAGAACCAGGAGUGCCUGGGGCUAAAGGUGACAUAGGUGCAGUUGGACCACAGGGGGCCAGGGGACUUAAAGGUGAUCAGGGAGCACAGGGAUUUGAGGGCAAACCAGGUUACCCAGGUGCUGUAGGCUCAGUUGGACCAAGGGGAGCAACUGGUGCUCCAGGCAGUAAAGGUGAACAAGGCUAUACUGGUGCACCUGGUUCUCAAGGGCCAUCAGGACCUCAAGGACCUAAAGGCCAUCAAGGACACGAUGGGGCACCAGGAGAAAAGGGACUGGAUGGAAAUCCUGGGCCAAGAGGAGCAACUGGUUCUCCAGGUCCUGCUGGUCUACCAGGUGCUAAGGGUCACCCAGGUCUUCCUGGAUCUCCUGGCCCUGCAGGUAGUAUGGCUAAGGGAGUGCCAGGUCCUCAGGGUCCUCCCGGACUUCCUGGUGCUAGGGGGCAGGACGGUUCACCAGGACAUUCUGGACCUCCUGGCCCACCUGGUCCUCCUGGUGAGGUCAUUUUUGAGAAAAGCAUGGGGCCGAGUGGCAUCAUGAUGCCUGGCGAUCUCGUUAAGGUCCCCGUGUCCGCGUUUUCAGCUCUGCUGAACAAGGAAUAUAAUCCUACAACUGAACCCAUUCAGUUUGACGUUAUUGUAUACAAUGCUGAGAAUCAUUAUGAUCCCAGCACUGGCAUUUUCACUUGUCAUGUUCCGGGUAUCUACUACUUCCACUAUAGUCUGCAUGUCAACGGUGCUGAUGCAUUGGCAGGGCUGUACAAAAAUGAUCAGCCUGUCGUGUUUACUUAUGAUGAGUAUAACAAAGGCGUUUUGGACCAGAUGUCUGGAAGCACGGUGCUCGCACUGCAGGAACAGGACACAGUGUAUGUGAAAAUGCCUAAUGUCGACGCCAACGGUAUUUUUGCCGCUGCUCAUGUGCAUUGCUCUUUCUCUGGGUUCCUGAUCGCUUCCACGUGAUGUGGAGUCUUCGAGUGACACUUCUCAGUCCACAAACAAAAUCCCUAGAGAGCAACGGCCAUGUUUCAUUGGCUCGUCAGCCAAGCAGGUUAUUUUUUCUUUGGGGGGGGGUGGGGGGAAGAGAGGGGGGGAAACGAUAGCAACUUGAAUAUACAAGCAGUGGGUGCCUGUAAGAAGGAAGUUAUUUUACGUUACAGUUUAUCGGGGAUAGGCUGCAGUUUAAUUGAUAUCAAUGGUCAAGGGCUUCUUAAGUGGAUGAAGAGAGCAGGUUGAGUGUGAUGAGAUUUUCACAGUGAUGUUUCCUGAUAAUUACUUAUUUCUUGUUUCUUUUGUACGGUUUAAAGGAAACUAUUUUUGUUUUUAUGUUUUUUUUUUAAAACAGUGUUACUAGUAGUAUAACCCGUAUUGAAUAAUCGGUAAAGAUGCGGUUAUAUUUUGAAGAGUGUCGAGUUUGACCUUCUGAAAAGCUGUAAAAAGACAAGAACACAACAAAAGAAUCACUUCUGGGAAAAAGUAAAAUUACGUACUGUAUGUUAACAACUGCAUUCCUGGAAUUCUGUAUGCUUUGUACAACGUGAGCAAAAUAAAGAUUUUCAUUCUUA